AUGUGGGCUGUAGUACAUUUUUCUUCAGAUAAUUCUGUGGACUAUGUACCUUCAAGUUGGGUAAAAAGAGAUGGGAUAAAAAUGGUUUGUGCGUGGCCAAACAAUGACAAUAAUUUAAAAAAACUCAGAUCUAGCCGUUCAUAUCCUAAUAAAAUUGACUACAGUUAUUAUAAGUGUAGAGUCAUCUCUAAAGAUAUUGCAUUGUUAUCUGAAGCUCAAAUCAAAGCUAAAAAAGCGCAAUUCACAUCUGAUGUAUCUGACGGAGAUAAAUACAACAGAAAGCUAAAAAAUAUGAAAUCAUUAGAUAAAACAGCUGUUGGUAGAAAAAGAUGUUCUUUGCUGUCAGGUAGUUCUUUAACAAAUAUUAAUAGUGAAGAAGAUAUUACAUUGGCAAACUCCGAUGAUAAUUCUAACUCACACAAAACUAGUGAAUGUUCCGAAACUUCAUCUGUUAUUGAUGAUAGCGAUGUUGAUCAGAAUUAUAUUCCGGACUAUCAUAAGCCUAUGAAUCAACAUCAAAAACAAGAUAUAUCUACUGAAAUCUUGAAAUCUGAUAAUGAUAUUGAUAUAAAUAAUCAAAGUAUGUAUGCCAUUCCAUCUACCUCUUCACAAUCUCAGCAACCACUACAAUUUCAACCACCAAUUAAUUCUCCUUCAUUUACUGUUUUUCAAAAAGCAACGUUAAAUUACUUAGCUGUCCUAAAAGUAGAAAUUUCUAAGAUUGCUGAUAAUCAACAACACAUAAUACAAAUGAUACAAUCAAAUCAUGUUAAUAUUAUAACCCAAGGUGAUGAGUUAAAUUGGGAACAUGAAAUUGACUAUUUUAUACAUAAUUGGCCUAUCUCUAAUAAAGAAGACUUAAUCAAAAUGGAAGAAAAAAUGAAAUCUGAUGUUCAUUUUCAAAAACAAGUUGUAUGCGAGCUCGCAAGAAUAGGUGGUAAAUCACUAAAAAAUAUGAUUUACAAAAUUAUGAAAAGAGUAUUCGAUGACAAAGUUUUGAUUGCUUACACAUAUUAUGGUCUAAGAAACAAAGAAAAUUUUUCAUUAUUAGCUAUCAAUAAGGCAAUUUUUGAUGCAAGUAAGAAGUCCAACUUUAAAAAUGCAUCCAAUGAUGAAAUCAUCACAGCAAUUGGGAAAUGGCUAACUAGUGCCAAAGGGCGGCUUAUUAAAAAAAACCCAUUGUAAUACCUAAUUAUAAUUUGAAAAUAAAAAUUCAAGAUGAAUUUUAUUCAAAGA